UCUUGAUUGAACCAAUAACUCACAAGUUGUUUGAUUUUGAACCAGAAUGUUUGGGUUGUUGAUAUCUUUAAUUCUCAUCCAAAUUUCUCAAUUAGAAGCAAAUGAAUCAAAACGCCCUAAGCACGACGGAAUUUUGCCGGUUUUAGUUCAACAGGUCUGCAGACACGGUGAUCGAUCUCCUGUCAACUUGUUUCCAAACAACCAACACAGAGAUGCCUGGAUCCAAGGACCUGGUUACCUCACGCCGGAGGGCGAGAAAAUGCUUUAUGACAACGGGGCAGCUUUCCGAAGCAGUUGGUAUCCUGGACUCCUGAGCGAAAUUGUCUACCCGAAUGAGUCAUACGUUGUCAGUUCUCACAUUGACAGGUGCAUCAUGAGUGCGAACUCCUUCAUGGCAGCUCUCUACCCUCCCACGCAACAGUUCCAAUUCGAACAGGGACUCAAUUGGCAGGCAUUUCCCACACACAUGAUUUCAGCGCAGAUUGACUUCUACUUGUAUGGCACAGACUGUCCCGCUGGGAUUGAGGCACGUGAAAGAAUCUAUACAUCCGAGGCAUAUUUGCAGUUUCUGGGAGACAACCAACUAUUCAUAAACAACACCUGUCAACUGGCUGGCUACCAGGAGUCAGAUUGGACCAUCAAUUCUCUUUCCACCAUCAGUGAUAACCUCAUUUGCGAUUCCGCCCAUAACUUGUCUUUCCCCGAUUGGGCAACUGAGAGUGUAGUGGCAGAGAUGACAAACAUACUGAAUGUGCAGAGACAGUUCCUCUACUCUGACCCCGAAGUGAACUAUCUCGACACUGGGGGAGGUCCAGUCUUGGGUCUAAUGGUUGAAAACAUUGAGAAGAAAAUGAAUGGCUCCCUCACUCAGAAAUUCAUCUACUACUCCGCUCAUGACACUACUGUGCUUCCAUUUUUGGGCAUCAUGGAACAGGAUGUGGGACCCAAUCCUCCCUACAGCUCAUGUGGUGUGUUGGAAUUGUAUCAAAGCAACGACAACGAUUUCUUUGUGCAGCUGUCGUUCCGGAACAAAACACUCGACAUGACAAACGAUGUCCGAUUGAUGCCAAAGUGUAAUGACGUAAUGUGUGACUACGCAACCUUUUCGCAGAUGGUAGCGCCCAAAGUGAACAUGGAUCCCAAAACAGCAUGUUAUUUGACUUCUAAGGACAAAAACUUGGAAACAAAUCGCAAAAACUUGGUCUAGAAUUCUAACAAUUGUACUACAUUUUACACAUCAUUGCCAUAUAAACAAGCGGAAUAAAUAUAUUGUUUUAGAAGCCCGUA